AUGGAGUCUUUCCCGGAACCUAAUCCAGUCAAGAAACUCACCAUCGCUGAAUAUCUUCAAAUUGCUGUGACAGUUUGUUUUCGAGUGCCAUGGACCGUCUUGACCACUCUCUUGCGGCGCUGGGCGCCCUGGUCUUCUUAUCAUCCGCCCCCGCUUAGGGAACACAUCUUCCGGCAUGUCAUGACCUGGUGUGUAUCCCUCAGAACCAUCGUCCUUGACCCCGAGGCGAUCCACCCCCGCGAUGCCGAUCUGGUGCUCUUCCACUGCCACGGCGGCGGAUACGUGAGCUUCCACCCGUCUGCCGGAGCGCCGGAACACCUCUUCAUGGCCGAGCUUCUUCAACGGCAUGGGCUCACGGUCGCGAUAUUCUCCCUCGACUACACCCUCGCCCCGGCAGCGACGUUCCCGAAACAACGCGACGAAGCGAUUGCGGCCUACGACUGGAUCAACAAGGAGCUAGGCGUGGACGCAUCCAAGAUCGUGGUCAUUGGCGAUUCAGCCGGGGGGCAUCUGAUCGUGUCUCUUCUGACGGGUCUUCACCAGCGAUAUCACAGGGCCAACGAUGGACAUGGCGCCGAAAAACAGCGAGACAGACCCGCCGGAGCGAUCCUGGUCAGCCCCUGGUUGAAUCUACACACGUCACAUCCGCGCGCGCUGGCCCUCCACUGGGAGGAGCGGCUAUUAAAACGCUCGCUGGACAAAUGCUGCGAGCAGGUGAUGCGGGAGGCACCCGCCGACAUCGCCGAAGUGUACAGCAACUUCGCGAUCGACGUGGCAGCCCGCGGAUCCUGGAAGGAAAUUCUCCCCGACCGAACGUGGGUCUCCGCCGGGGCGGAGGAGCUGGUAUUCCUGUACGACAUUGAGGAUUUUGUGGCGCAUGCACGGCGAGACGGGGCCGAGAUCGCGCUGGAUGUGACUGAGGGCAAGAAUCACACGUGGCAGUGCUCUGAGGCGCUUGGGCAGCACUCGAGAUUACUGGCGAUGAAGCCCGGGGAGAAUGACGAGGGGCUGAUGAGGGGGUAUCGACGGAUAGCGGAGGAGAUUCUGAGGCUUGUCGAUCAAUGA